UCCUUGUGAACGACAAGAACAUGGAGGAAAAACUUAUACAAUUUCUGAAAGAUUCAAAAAUUUACUACGAUCUAUAAUCAAUAUUUAUUAAAAACAACAUUGUAACCGGGCCGACUUCAAGCACGAAGUCAAAUCAUCCAAAAGAGUUGAACCGGCCUCCGGCUGAAAAACUCUAUAAUAAAGAAUAUAAAAAAAAAGAUUGCCGUCGUCACGCGGGAUCUGUGCUGGGGCUUGAACAUUUCCGCCUACCUGGUGAUCAUCAUGGACACGCAGUUCUAAAACGGUAAGAGUUACUAUUCCGCUAGAGGAUGACGACGCCAAGUGCGUGCUGAUGUGUCAGAGCUCCAAAAAGGACUUCUCCAAGAAGUUCCUCAACGAGAGUUUACCGGUGGAAAGUCAUCUGGAUCAUCGUAUGCACGAUCACUUCAACGCAGAGAUCGUCACCAAAGCCAUUGAAAACAAACAGGACGCCGUUGAUUACCUUACCUGGACGUUCCUGUACCGGCGACUCACCCAGAACCCGAACUACUACAACCUGCAGGGCGUCACCUACCGACACUUGUCGUACCACCUGUCCGAAUUGGUCGAAUCGACCCUCUCCGACCUGGAGCAGUCCAUAUCCAUCAGCGUGGAGGACGAGAUGGAUACGCUGCCGCUGAAUCUGGGCAUGAUCGCGGCGUACCUACUACUACACCACGAUCGAGCUGUUCAACUUGUCGUUGAAUCUAUAGGCUUCUGGAGAUCAUCUUCGAGGUCAACAUUUUGGCCGCGCAGUUGCCAAACAAGCUGACCGGACCGAACGAAACUGCUCCCAAGUAGAUACAUCGACCCUCACAUCAAGACAAACCUGCAGCUGCAGGCUCACCUCUUCCGCAUCCAGCAAUUAAGUUCCACAGACAGGAACAGGACAAACUGUUUCCCACGGAUAAUGCCGAUUGACAGAGUUUUGCUUUUGCACGAUGGCAACGUAACGUUCACUAAUAAUACAAGAA